AUGGAGAAUAAUACAAUACAGCAAUUAGCUGCACUUGUGAAACAGACAACGGACCCUGAGAUGAGCGGGCUCUCUCAACUAGGGAUCCUUGCUAUCAGAAACCUAAAUAGCAUAUUGGAUACAACCUUACAUAAAGAGAUCUUAGAUUAUCAAUCUGCACUUACAUUUUUAAACAAUCAUACUACUUUAAUCAAUUCAAUCAAUAUCCUUGCUGGAAAGUUUGAACCUAUCAAACAUUAUUUAGAUGCUCAUAUUUCUCUUCUGACCUUCAAUGAUUCUAUAUCAUUAUUGUCACAGGCAUAUCUUUAUCAAUUAAAACUGAUCAAAUCGAUUAAAUUUAAAAUCGUAACAAACUUGAUAACAGCUAAUUGUUUCAUUAUAAAUUUUAACCUUUCUGAGGUGCCCACCAACCUACAUUCUACCAUCCAUAAAUUCAUAAGCGCAAUUCAGAAUUCUCUUCAGAUUGCCACUAGAGAUGAAGACUAUCAAUUGUUAAACCAUAUAUUUGUGCUAUUUACAGAUUUACAGGACGUCUAUGAUAACAGUAAAGGAAAUAUCCCUACCUCUACGAUGAUAUCAACAAUGCCUGGUAUGGUUGCGGCGUUUGAGAGCAUGAAAUUCCUACAGAGACCAGACUUGAACGUCGGAUAA